AUGGGAGGCGUGGCGGUGGACGUGGGUACAGGGGGGGUGAAGGCUCCAGAUGGAGGGUGGGGCUGGGCGGUGCUGGCCGGCUGUUUUGUCAUCACAGGCUUCUCCUACGCUUUCCCAAAAGCAGUCAGUGUCUUUUUCAAAGAACUGAUCCGAGAGUUUGGGGUUGGAUACAGCGACACUGCCUGGAUCUCUUCCAUACUGCUGGCCAUGCUCUAUGGCACAGGUCCUCUGUGCAGUGUGCUGGUGAACCGCUUCGGCUGUCGUCCAGUGAUGAUGGUGGGGGGCCUCUUUGCCUCUCUGGGAAUGAUCCUUGCCUCCUUCUCCACCAGCAUCAUCCACAUCUACCUCUCCACUGGGGUUAUUACAGGUCUGGGGUUAGCCCUGAACUUCCAACCCUCUCUGAUUAUGCUUAACCGCUACUUCAGUGAAAAGCGUCCUCUGGCCAAUGGGCUGUCAGCAGCAGGAAGCCCUGUGGCUCUGUGCUGCCUCUCACCACUGGGCCAGAUCCUUCAGUACCAGUAUGGAUGGAGGGGGGGCUUCCUCAUCUUGGGUGGCAUUCUACUCAACUGCUGUGUGUGUGGGGCCCUGAUGAAGCCUCUGGUCGCCCCCAAGACCCUUCAGACCAAUGACAUGGAACAGGACAAGGAAGACAGAACAGAGGGAGCAGAGAAGAAGAAGAAGAAGCCCAAAGCCAAGCUGCUGGACUUCUCUGUCUUCAAAGACUGUGGUUUUGUCAUCUACACUGUAGCAGCGUCCAUCAUGGUGCUGGGGCUGUUUGUGCCCCCUGUGUUUGUUGUGGGCUAUGCUAAGGAGCUGGGUAACGAGGACACCAAAUCCGCUCUGCUGCUCACUAUCCUGGGCUUCAUUGACAUUUUCGCGCGGCCCACGUGCGGUGUGAUUGCCGGACUGAAAUGGGUGCGGCCUCGUUGCGUUUACUUCUUCAGCUUUGCUUUGAUCUUCAAUGGAGUCACUGACCUGAUUGGGUCACAGGCCAAGGACUAUGGAUCUUUGGUCGUAUUCUGCAUCUUCUUUGGCAUCUCCUACGGCAUGGUGGGAGCCCUGCAGUUCGAGGUUCUCAUGGCAAUAGUUGGUGCUGAGAAGUUCUCCAGUGCCAUUGGUUUGGUCCUGCUCAUGGAGGCAAUUGCUGUGCUGGUGGGGCCACCAAGUGCAGGCCGGCUUCUUGAUGCCACCAAGAACUACAUGUAUGUCUUCCUGCUGGCAGGAAGCGAGGUGGUCCUCUCAGCUGUGGUUCUGGCUACUUGUAACAUCCUCUUUAUCAGAAAAAAGUCUUCAGCACCAGCAGACAAGCUGGAGGACGUCACGGUGACAGACGAUGCCAAGACGGAGGUGCUCAGUAAACCUGCAGAGAUUAACAAUGAAGAGGAGAAAGGAGCAAGAGAGGAACAAGAGAAGGAGACUGUGAAGGAGGCCAAAAAUGAAUUAAAGGACGAGGAGGAGAGAGACAAUGAGAAGGUAGAAGAGAUCGGGCCAGGGAGCGUAACAGUAGACUCACAGGAAGUGGAAAGGUUCUUGAAAGAGCCUCAACAGAAUGGUGACACGGCCAUCAGUCCUGAAACAUGCCUGUGA